AUGACUGGAUUUGAACCUGUCGUGAGAAGCAUCAAGACGCGCAAGUUUCCUGAACGGCGCUACGCCGAGCAGCUCAUCAAAGCGCAUCGCGCUCACACUGCUGUGCCCCCAACCGCGUCGGGAAAGGCUUCCAUCCGAGUAGUGUGCAUCUCCGACACGCACAAUACACGUCCAGAAGUGCCUGAUGGCGAUGUUUUGAUACAUGCCGGCGAUUUGACAGAGAACGGGUCGUUUGCAGAGGUGCAACAGGAGCUCGCGUGGCUUGAAUCUUUGCCUCACAAAUUCAAGAUACUUGUCGCUGGGAAUCAUGACGUCUUGCUCGACAAUGCAUUUCUAAAAAAGUACCCAGAACGCCGCUACGGUCAAAACCAGACGAGAGACGACCUCAUCUGGGGAGACAUCAUUUAUCUUCAAGAUGAGAUGACUACCCUCCACUUUCCCUCUACUGAGCAUGAGAGCGGCACGCAAGACGAGCAACCCUCCUUGAGGAGCCUCACGGUUUUCGGCAGCCCCUGGACGCCCAAAUAUGGGGUUUCAGCCUUUCAAUAUCAUCCAAACAAUCAGGAGCAUUGGGAGGCUAUUCUGGGCUCGCUAGCUCAACGGCCAGACAUCAUGGUCACACAUGGCCCGCCGCGACACCACUUGGACAAGCGCGACUUCCACCAGGCAGGCUGUCCGCACCUGGCGCAGGAAAUACGGCGCAUUCGCCCUCGUCUAUGUGUCUUCGGGCACAUUCACGCUGCCUACGGUCGUGAGCAUGUCCUGUUUGACGGAGCACAAGAAGCCUACGAGGAAAUUCUCACGGGCUGGGCUGCGUGGGGAGGUGUUCUGCGGCUGGCGAUGGCGGUCGUCUGGGCGAGGCUGGCGCAUUUCUUCAGGCGACCACGCAGCGACGAGUUCACAAUCUUGGUCAACGCUGCCGUAGUCGGUGGCCCUGGUAAUCAGCUGCGGAAUGAUCCUAUUGUUGUUGACUUGUGA